AGCACGAAGGUCGUCUGUGGGUCGCACGGCGGCGGUGGCGGCGGCUCGGCUUCGCCGGCAAACCGACACCGUACCGAGCGAGCGCGCCGCCGCCGAUCGCAGUAGCAGUGCUCCGGUCGUCCAGACCUCCUGACACACGCGCGCGCAUGCUCUUCCAAUCCACCGCCGCCGCCGCCGCCACUGUCGUCCGGUGCGAAUGAUAAUAACAAUAACAAUAACAAUAAUAAUACAAAUAUUCACAACAAUAAUAACACACACAUAAUAAUACUCAACGUGUAUAAUAUUGUUUAACGCUCUCGUUCGUUCUUACACCCAGCUCACCAGCCGUAAUAUAAAAUAGGAUAUUUAUCUUCUGAAAGUUCGAUAGUCAUAAUUAUAAUAUAUCAUACUUAAAACUUACUUAAAACGUACUUAGUAAAACCUUUUAAGUCGGUUUGACGGUUUGUCGCGAGUGCAUAGUUUUAUUAUUAGCGGCGUGCGACGUCCAAACGAUAAACAGAUAAAUAAAUCAUAGUGAUAGCUUCCGCGGCACACCAGCGAGGGUGACAGACGCGUGCGGUCAGUCCGGGGGAGAACGUAGCGAUCGGGAUCGGUCGCGAGCUGCAGAAGCGAAGAGCGGAACAGCAUCAGCAUCAUCACCAGCAACGACCAAAGUUCUAAUCGUGCCCGGUCCGCCGUAUCCAUGAUCACAAUGACAACAGAGACGACUGGACGACGCAGUGCAAAGUGAACCAGCAUACACAACGUAGUAUUUUAGCCACUCAGAAUUUAAAGUGACGCGUGCGCUCAGAAGCUACCGCAAUGGCCGCAUUCAAGGGUCCAACCGGGACAGCGGCCGACGACAAGGAGGCGACAGACGCCAUGCUGGCCACCACCGUAAUCGGCGGCGUCACGGUAGCUACCGAUGACGAUGACGACGACGACGAUCGCGACGUGCAGUGCGGCAUCGGGCCGUGCCGGUCCAAAUGGAUGCAGGUUUUCGCGUCCAAGCAAGUGUUCCUGGCCACGUUCUGCUUCAGCUGGGUGCUGCAGGGCAUGUUCUCUACGUACUUUGUUAGCGUGAUCACCACGCUGGAAAAGCUGUUCCAGCUGCAGAGCAAGACAAUGGGACUGGUGCUGAGCGCCACCGAAAUCGGACAGAUCGGAUCGUCCCUGUUGCUCACGUAUUACGGCGGUCAGGGACAUCGGCCCAGGUGGAUAGCGUCCAGCAUGGUGCUGUUCGGCGUGGCUGCGUUCGCGUGCUCGUCACCACACUUCCUGUUUGGCCACCACCAGUAUUCGUCGUCGGCUUCGAUGAUGGGAGCCGGAAACUCGACUACCGACUAUUACCCGUCCAACAUGUGCGUGGCUCCCGACCUCAACAUUAGUGACAGUGGUAGUACUCGGCAACCAGUGCAGCAACACGACAUGUGCGAACAGAACGAACUGUCCGAACAGCUGGAACAGUCCAGGAACACGCAAAUCGUGCUGGUCAUAUUUUUCACCAGCCUGCUGGGCGUGGGCAUCGGGCAGACGGCCGUCUACACGCUGGGCAUACCUUUUAUCGAUGACAACGUCGCCAGCCGCGAGUCACCACUGUACUUCUCCAUCACAAUUGGGGUCCGUAUACUUGGACCAUCGUUUGGGUUCCUGUUGGGCGCCUUGUGCACCAGUCUGUACGCGGACCUCAGCAGCGAGCCCAACAUGGACACCAACAACCCGCGGUGGGUGGGUGCCUGGUGGCUGGGGCUGGUCGGCAUUUCGGCCACGCUACUGUUGGCCUCCGUGCCUAUGUUCGCGUUCCCCAAGCGGUUGCCCGGUCCGUCGUCGGCCAGCAACGCCACCCUGAAAAAGCAGAACCCACCCCAGCUGGCCGUCAACGGAUGCGCUGAACCGUCUCUGUCAUCGCCGCCACCGCCUCCUUACGACGGCCUGUCAGCCGUGCCCAAGGCGCCUAGACUCAAAGAUUUUCCGACCGCCGUUAAAAGGCUUCUGAAGAACGACAUGCUCAUGUACAGGACCGCGAGCAGCGUGUUCCAUCUGUUGCCGCUGGCUGGCAUCUACACGUUUCUGCCCAAAUACUUCGAGUCGCAGUUCCACUUUCCCACGCACACCGCAAACAUGGUUACAGGUAUUUACGGAAUUAUGGUUAUGGGCAUUGGAAUCAUAAUAUCGGGAAUAUUCAUAUUGAAGAAAAAUCCCAAUGCCAGAGCAGUGGCCGCGUGGAUUGCGUUUACGGCCCUGGCAUACGCCAUCGGUAUGUGCAUUUUAAUGUUUUUCGGAUGUCCAACCACGAACAUCACAGGAUUACGAUACGACGAGCUGAAUCAGCCCAAGUUCGAGUCUUCGUGCUCAGACCAAUGCGUGUGCGACGAGGAGUUGUUCAGUCCGAUUUGUGGAGUGGACGGGAUAACGUACUUCUCGGCGUGCCACGCCGGAUGCCGGAAUCGGACGUCCAGAAAAGAGUACAUCUCUGGCUACAAGUUCACAGACUGCCAGUGCAUGAACACCAAUGCCACGGAAGCGUUCCCGGGCCCGUGCAAAGACGAUUGCGAGGACUCGGGCUUUUGGUACAUAGCUCUGUUCUCCUUGUUCGUGUUCAUCCAUUCCACUUCGGAGGUGGGAAGCAUGUUGCUCAUACUUCGAUGCGUACAUCCUCAGGACAAAGCCAUGGCUCUCGGGCUCAUACAAUUCGCCAUAGGCCUAUUUGGUAACGUUCCUUGCCCCAUAUUGUACGGAGCGGUCGUCGACUCUGCGUGUCUCAUAUGGGAAAUGACGUGCGGAAAACAAGGAGCGUGCUCUCUGUACAACUCGGACUCGUUCCGUAUAUUCUACCAUGGUGUUACUGGGAUACUGAUGAUGUGCGCCUUUUUUGUUGAUAUAAUUGUCUGGUAUAAGGCGGGGAGUAUAAACUUUGAGGACGAUCAUCAACUGCCGGUUAACGAGGAAGAACUGAGCCAACUGACACCCAUCACUGACAAGACCGAAACAACUGUUUGACUAAAGUAGAUGGUACUAAAGAACAUCAAUAUUAACACGAUAUGUCAUGUUCCUUAUUCAUAACCUCGGAGAGAUCUGUUUAAUAUUUAUUGAAUUUUAUACGGAUUAAAUUUAUAACUUUUUCAUUUAUAACUUAUGUAAAUAUAUUAGGUGUAAAAUUAAUAUUUUUAAUGAUUUUACGUACGUCAAAACAUGACAAAAUUAUAUUACUAUAAUCACCACAUGGUGCUUUCAAUUUAUAUAAAAAAAAGUAGCAUCACUUACAGUUUAUAUAGAUGGAAUAAUUAUUUUCGUUCCUUACUGGUACAAUAAUACAUUUAUUGUAGGCAACGAAAAAUAAACAAUAGAAUUUUUUUUUAUAUGUUUUUUAUUAGAUAUAUUUUUAUAAACGAUUAUUUAUUGUGAAUACUAUGCGUAUUUUAUUGUUGAUAGGAAAUUUGUUAUUUUAGGUGAAACUUUUUUUCGUAUUUUCAAGUCAAUUACUUUUGUAACAAACAAUCUUUUUAUUUUAUUUUUUUUUUUGUUGACUUUAUAUUAUUGUAUAUUUUAUUGUAUUAAGCUUACAGUAUACAUCACUUUAUAACAUAAAAUUAGAUAAUAAUAUAUAAUGCAAAAUCGUCAAAUCUUACGUUUUUGAAUUAUAAUAAUAUUGUAGUGUGUUGUUUUUGUAAUCUCAAAUUCAUGGUGGACCACGAAGACCCAACAAAUUAAAACGAUGAAAAGGCUGUAUUCGUUUUCUUGUAAAACAAUAAUAAUUUAUUAUAAUUUUACAAAUUAAAUUCGAUUUUAAUUUUGUUAAUUUAUUAUAUUUCUAAUUGAAUAUUAUCUAAUUUUAUUUUUCAAACGUCACGUAAUAUUACAUUAAGUUACCUUUUUAUAUAGAUAAACAUGAAUUAAUUAAAAUUUUAUUAGUAUAAUAU